AUGCGCAAUGCACAACAACUCGAUACCUUCCACCACCACCUCAACAAUGAGGUUGGUGCUGGCAACUACACCCUCUUCACCAACGAUCCAAGAGCAACCACUGCCGACCCGGUUCACCGUCGGCACUGCGGGGUAGCCAGCUUCUUUCACAAGUCCUUGCCUGGCUACUCCACCUUGGUUCACGUGUCCAACCACGAUAUCCCGGGCCGUUACCUGGUGGUCAGAGCAUUGUGGAGUGACCUGCCGGUGUACAUUCACAAUGUCUAUGCUCCUGUGGAGCCCCUUCUCCGGGGUGAUUUCUUCGCAUCACUGCCUCGUGACUUUGAGCCCAACAGCCUUCACGUGGUGGGUGGCGACUUCAAUAUGCCACUGCUUUCAUCCCUCGAUGCCACGACCCUGCACUCAAGUCAGGGGAGUGGCAGAACGGACUGUGUGGAGUGGCUCACAGCACUGGGUGUGGUUGAUGUGUGGCGCCAGCUCAAUCCAUCCACACGUCUGUUUAGUGGCCCUGGGCGGGUCAACCGGCUAGACUACCUCUUCUUGGAUAGCGCGAUGGCAUCCCAUCUCAACCCCGUGGCCACAUAUGACCCGAACGGCUAUGGUGGUGACCAUCUCGCCCACACUGUGACUCUAUCCCAAAGUCUCUGCACCACUACCAAGGGCUACUGGCGACUACCACGAGAGCUGCUGUCCGAUCCCAACAUCCAACGUGCCAUCACCAUGGAGGCCACCACUCUUCUUGGCAAGAUGCGAGCUGACGAGACCCUCAACCAUGCUCAUCAAAUGCCAUCGGCUACACAUCGAAUCGGCUAA